AUGCCCUCUGCCCUCAACAAAGUUGAUCAUCAAACAGAUAAGGUGUAUCCAUUCCAUUGUCCUCCCUUUCUCCCAAUCCUCGUAACAAUGGAAGCCAAUCUCUUCACUUUACCCUCCUCCAGACCGCCACCUCCAUACACAUCCUCCACCACCGCCACCACCCUUUCCCUCAAGUCCCAUUUCAACAAUCUUUUCCUCACCACCACAACCCACCGUCCCAAAUUCCCAUCCAAGACUCAAAAUUUACCCAAAAUCCAAGCCGCCAUAACCAGGACCAAGAAAGAGGAAACAGUAGAAAAGGUCAAGCAAGAACUUGAAAACUGCCAGCUAUUGGCAGGCAUUAGUUACAAGGGCUUCACUGUUAAACAAUUCCAGGAACUUAGAACCCAACUCCCUGAAAAUACUAAGCUUUUGGUUGCCAAGAAUACUCUUGUUUACAAGGCCAUUGAGGGGACCAAAUGGGAGGCGUUGAAACCGUGUAUGCAAGGCAUGAAUGCGUGGUUUUUUGUGCACGGUGAGGAAAUCCCAGCUGCGUUGAAGCCUUAUAGGACUUUCCAGAAGGAGCAAAAGAUGGAGGACAAUGACUUUACAGGAGCUGUUUUUGAAGGGAAAUUUUAUGGGCCGGACGAGUUUAAGGCAUUGGAAAAUUUACCCACAAGGGCUGAGAUUUAUGCCAGGCUUUUGGGGGGUUUGAAGGCCCCUGCUUCUGCUGUUGUUGGCACUAUUAAAGCCCCUGCUAGAGACUUGGUCAUGGUGCUUAAGGCCUACUGCAAGAAGCUUGAGGAGGAGAGUGGUGCUGGACAAUAA